AUGGAAUCCUCCAACGUCCCUUCCGUGACGCUCUUUCGCGGUUUCCCCGAGACCGGGUGUUACACCUGGUCUCCUUUUGUCACCAAGUUAGAAGCUCGUCUGCGCUUCUCCGGCUUGCCAUACUCGGUUGAACAGGGCUCUGUGCGCGUUGGUCCCCGAGGGAAGAUCCCCUACGUGGCAGUCGCGGAUGCCGACGACGCCUCGGAAGGCAGCACGCCGCGGAUUAUCGGCGACUCGACCCUGAUCACCAAGACGCUGAUGUACGAUGGUGUGCUGGCCGACCUGGAUGCCAACCUUGCGCCGACGGAGAAACUCAAUGACCUGGCGCUGAAGGCCUUGUUGGAGGACAAGCUGUAUUUCUACCAGUCCCACGAAAAGUGGAUCCGGAACUUCUACAUCAUGCGCGGCAAGAUCCUGGCCGACCUGCCCUGGCCCCUGCAGGUCCUCGUGGGCCAUCUGAUCUACCGCAAAAACACGCGCACCCUGCAGGGUCAAGGGACUCUGACCUUCUCGGACGAAGAGAUCGCCGCCUUUCGACAGGACAUUUGGGAAAAUCUCCACGCCGCCGCGGUGGCCGCCCGGUCGAAAAACAGCCAUACAGACGCGCCGUUUUGGAUCUGGGCCGGCGAGGCGCCCACCGAGGCCGACGCCGUCCUUUUCGGAUUUAUCGCCUCGGGCCUGGUUUGCUACGCAGCUCCAGAGACUCAACGGACCAUCCGGAGCUUUCCAGCCUUAGUGGACUACGCACGAAGAAUUCAUGACCAGUACUUUCCCGAUUACGCGCUAUGGGAAUAG